AUGAACUCGGCAGCAGGCCCCUCCUCGCCGAAUCGGAACGGCGGAGAUCCGAGUCUGAGCCCUCGGCAACGAGAGAAGGCUCCAAUCUCCCCCGACUCCGUCAAUCUCCCGCCGAACGCCGAUCAUGAGAUCACGCUUCUGAUUUCCGAGUACCUUUCUUCUCGGCACCCGCGACUCGCCGACGUUCUAGCCGCCGAAGUUGGACCCGCUCGCGAUCACGCUGUCACGAAUGAGAUCGAAGGUGUCGAAAGAGCCAUCUUGGCGCUCGAGAGCCUUCUGUCCGGCCCAGGACUAUUGGGACCGCAGACGCUGAAAGCGUUCUUGUACAUGUGUUACAGGCAGCAGUUCCUCGAGUACAUUGACAACCAAGGCGUUCAACCUGCUGCAGAAGCGGUUGAAGCCGCUGGAGCACUACCAGCCGGUGCCGUACGACUUCUACAGCUUGGCGUACUUGACCUCGGCGUCGACAGUGCACGAUGCUCCGGGAUUACGGGAUUGGGCGGGCGCGGGCCCAGAACGCGAGAAGCUCGUCGCUAUGUGGCGCGAGUUAACGGAUGGGGCACAGCGAGGAGCGGCCGCGUUUGGCGAGGCAGCCGCUGCAUCGAGCAGAGUGCCCAAGGACCGGCUGCUGACUCUGAUCAAGCAGGCUUGUGCUUGGGAGGUCACGGCUGCGAACCCGAAUACGAAGGGACCGGUGAACAUCGAGACGCUUUUCGUCGACUACACGAGUCCCGAGAUUCCGAGCCGCCUGAAGCUCAUGGUUCGCGGACAUCGGGCGAAUGUGAAAUGCGUAGACUUCGUGGGCGACACGAUGGGCGUCAGCGGAUCAAGUCGUACAUUGCGUCAGGUUCCGGUGACGGAACAGUACGCAUCUGGACGCCCCACGACGGGCAGUGCCGUUCCGUGCUGGCCGGCGACGGCGGAGACAUCUACGGCGUCUGCUGGCGACCAGGGCGGGAGGACAACGUCGUCGCAGCGUGCUACGACAAGAUCCUGCGCUCGUGGGACCUCGAGACAGGCAAGCUCAUCCGGACGUUCUCGGGCCAUGCACAGAGCACGCUAGCCGUUGCGUUCGACCCAACGGGCAAAAUCAUCGCGUCCGGCAGCAAGGACAAGCAUAUCCGUUUAUGGGACGCUGUCGGCGGAGUUUGUGUCCAGACUAUGACCGCGCACUUAGGCGAGGUCACCAGCGUUCAGUUCGACCAUGAGGGCAAGUACCUCCUUGCAGGGUGCAAGGACAACUCAAACCGCCUGUGGGAUCUGCGAAUGCAACGCAACAUCUACCGAUACACCGGACACCAGAAUACGUCGAAGAACAUCAUUCGGUGUCGCUUCGCGUCACCCUCGUGCUCCCUCAUCGCCAGUGGAUCCGAGGACGGCAUGGUGUACCUGUGGGAGCGCGAGGGCAGUGCCCCAGAGGAGAACAUGCGGAGUCCGGCGUCCAACUCGAACUCGGGCGCCUCGACGCCCGCCCAGGGCAGUCCGAUGUUCUUCACGACGACGACUGGAGUUCCGAACGCGAUGAACACCUCGCUCUCGCGCACGUCGACCAUCUCGGUCCCCAGCACGACGGUGCCCCGCGGACCGAGUGUGGCCAGCCCGAGCCGCAGCGCCGCCCACUACCCCCCGAGAGGCAUCAUGCAGGGCCCAGCCCUCCCGAAAUCCAUGGUGCCGACGACCGUCAGGCCGCUGAAGGUCCUCGCGGGCCAUGGCGCGGGCGCAGUGUACGAUGUGCGCUCGCAUGCGGGUACACUGCUCAGUGCGGGCGAGGACGGAGCGGUGGGCGUGUGGGGCGACGAGUAG